AUGAAUUUUGAAGCGGCGCCGUUCAGCACCUUGCAGUACUACCCCGAUCCCUGCAUCCCGCGGUUUGUAGAAACUCCAAGCCAUUUCUCCUGGAAGGAGAGUUACUACCGCUCAGCCAUGUCCCAGAGCUCCCAGCCCAGGGAGUUCCUCAGCCCAGAGAUGAUCCAGCAUAUCUGGGACUUCCUGGAACAGCCAAUAUGCUCGGUUCAGCCAAUUGAUUUGAACUUCAUUGAUGACCCAUCUGAAAAUGGCCCUACAAACAAGAUAGAGAUCAGCAUGGAUUGUGUCCGUCUGCAGGAUACGGAGCUGAGUGACCCAAUGUGGCCACAGUACACGAACCUGGGGCUCCUAAACAGCAUGGACCAGCAGAUUCAGAAUGGCUCUUCCUCUACCAGCCCCUACAACACGGAGCACGCGCAGAACAGCGUCACGGCCCCUUCGCCUUACGCCCAGCCCAGCUCCACUUUUGAUGCCCUCUCGCCCUCCCCAGCCAUCCCUUCCAACACAGACUACCCGGGACCUCACAGCUUUGAUGUAUCAUUUCAACAAUCCAGCACAGCAAAGUCUGCAACGUGGACGUAUUCCACCGAACUGAAGAAGCUGUACUGCCAGAUUGCCAAGACAUGCCCCAUUCAGAUCAAAGUGAUGACCCCACCACCCCAAGGAGCCGUCAUCCGGGCUAUGCCAGUCUACAAGAAAGCAGAGCACGUCACCGAAGUGGUCAAACGCUGCCCGAACCACGAGCUGAGCCGGGAGUUCAACGAGGGGCAGAUUGCACCUCCUAGCCACCUGAUCAGAGUGGAAGGAAACAGCCAUGCCCAGUACGUGGAAGACCCCAUCACUGGAAGACAGAGUGUGCUGGUCCCAUAUGAGCCACCUCAGGUUGGUACUGAGUUCACAACAGUCUUGUACAACUUCAUGUGUAACAGUAGCUGUGUAGGAGGGAUGAACCGUCGCCCAAUUCUCAUCAUUGUCACACUGGAAACCAGAGAUGGACAAGUCUUGGGCCGCCGAUGUUUUGAAGCUCGCAUUUGUGCUUGCCCAGGCAGAGAUCGCAAAGCAGAUGAGGACAGCAUCCGCAAGCAGCAAGUCUCUGACAGCACAAAGAAUGGUGAUGGUACGAAACGCCCUUUUCGACAAGGAACUCAUGGCAUACAGAUGACAUCUAUCAAAAAAAGACGUUCUCCAGAUGAUGAGCUCUUGUAUUUGCCGGUGAGGGGACGAGAAACAUAUGAAAUGCUACUCAAGAUAAAGGAGUCCCUGGAACUUAUGCAGUACCUUCCCCAGCACACAAUUGAAACUUACCGGCAGCAGCAGCAACAGCAGCACCAGCACUUGCUCCAGAAGCAGACCUCCAUUCAGUCACAGUCAUCCUAUGGCUCCAACUCGCCACCUCUCAGCAAGAUGAAUAGCAUGAACAAGCUGCCCUCUGUCAGCCAGCUCAUAAACCCCCAGCAGCGCAACGCACUGACCCCAACCACCAUCCCUGACGGCAUGGGAACAAACAUUCCCAUGAUGGGCACCCACAUGGCCAUGACCGGCGACAUGAAUGGCCUCAGCCCCACACAGGCGCUGCCUCCUCCCCUCUCCAUGCCUUCAACAUCCCACUGCACUCCCCCUCCUCCAUACCCCACAGACUGCAGCAUUGUCAGCUUCUUAGCGAGGUUGGGCUGCUCAUCCUGUGUGGAUUAUUUCACGACCCAAGGGCUGACCACCAUCUAUCAGAUUGAGCAUUACUCCAUGGAUGAUCUGGUGAGCCUCAAGAUCCCGGAGCAGUUCCGCCACGCCAUCUGGAAGGGCAUCCUGGACCACCGGCAGCUCCAUGACUUCUCCUCUCCUCCCCACCUCCUGCGUACUCCCAGCGGUGCCUCCACCGUCAGCGUGGGCUCCAGCGAAACCCGGGGGGAGCGGGUCAUCGAUGCUGUCCGUUUCACUCUCCGCCAGACCAUUUCCUUCCCGCCCCGCGACGAGUGGAACGACUUCAACUUCGACAUGGAUGCCCGGCGCAACAAACAGCAACGCAUCAAGGAGGAAGGGGAGUGAGCCCCACCAACGUCGCUCCACCCCGCCUCGGACGUGAACUGCUCAGCCCUUCAUUUGUCUUCCU